CCUUUUCUUCAAUGAAACAGUGAGCAGAGGGAGAACCCAGCCGGGGAAAAUAGAGGGGAAAGGCUGGGGAGUGGUUUUGUUUCGCUGAAAGUAACUUCAGCAUUUCUAAAUAUUUGAUUUUCUUUAUUUUUCUCGCCGUAUUCCCGCUAAGGAGGCAACUCGGCAACCAUGAAAUACAUUAUUGGCAUCGGAGGUGUCACCAACGGUGGCAAAACCACCCUGACCAACAGGCUCAUCAAGGCGCUGCCCAACUGCUGCGUGGUCCAUCAGGAUGAUUUCUUCAAGCCACAAGAUCAAAUAGAAGUCGGGGAAGACGGCUUUAAACAAUGGGAUGUGUUGGACUCCCUGGAUAUGGAGGCGAUGGUGAGCACGGUGCGGGCCUGGAUGGAGAACCCCGUCAAGUUCGCCCGUUCGCACGGGGUGAACGUCACACCCGGCUCUAAAGAGCCAGCCUCCAAAGAUACCCAUAUAUUGGUCAUUGAAGGCUUCCUGCUUUAUAAUUACAAGCCGCUGAUAGACCUGUUCGACAUACGCUACUACUUGGCAGUUCCAUAUGACGAAUGCAAGAGGAGGAGAAGCACACGGAGCUACACGGUUCCCGACCCCCCGGGUCUCUUCGACGGGCACGUCUGGCCCAUGUACCUAAAGCACAGGAAGGAGAUGGAGGACGGCGGUGUCGAUGUCGUUUAUUUAGACGGCCUCAAGUCUCGAGACGAACUUUACAACCAAGUCUUUGAGGAUAUUCAGAACAAGCUUUUAAAUCGCUCAUAGGUCUUUGGAGACCCUGCAAAGACCCAUGUACAGAACGAUGUAAAUAGUACCGAGCAGUCGCAACGAGGGUUUAUUUGUGUAAACUCUUCUUACGCUGUCCUUUGGAAACUAUCUUUUGUAUAUAAUUGAAGAAUGAAGAUAACUUAUUCGUGACUCUGAUGGAUGGGAUUGGUUUGCUUGUGGCUUUUUGUUUGUUUUUUAAUUUUCUUAUUUUCUAUUCCACUGGCUUAAACACAACUCGGAACAUGCAUUUUUAUAAUGGAACAAGUAGGGCCAUGUUGGGAAAACUGACUCUUCUGCUUACGUGCUUCUGCAGAUAUUAAAGCCUUUAUGUGAUGGCUUGUUUGUAAUGUCAUCUCUUACAUUCAGUAAAAAUCUAUUCUUUUUCUUUU